AUGUUUUUGAGAAAUCUUCAUCAAGCCUCAUCUUAUGGCAACUAUGGUUCGUUUCAUUUAAAAGACAUUAAUAAAUCAAUAUUAAAUCAUUUAUUCCUUCCACAUGAUCUGCCAUCAUCGGCAGAUGAUGAUUAUUUAAUUCAAUCCAACCAUGAAAAUGAAUACAAAAUACUUGAAUGUAUGAAAGAUUUUUUACAAUCGAUGGGCACAAAUAAUCAACUGCCGAUUAUAGAAAUUCUUAAAAAGAGUAUUCAGCGUUGGUCAAUCAUACAAAAUACGAAAACCUGCUCUGUACCGAUUCUACAAUCAACUAUUCAAGAACUGACAUCAGGUGAUUUUCUUCCUCUUUAUUUUCAUGCACAAAAUGCUGCAAUUUUGAUUGAAAUUGAUGAGAAUCCACCCCAUCAACCAUUAAUUUCAUCUUGGCAAGUGUUAUUACCCACAGAAACUAUAACAUCAUCAUUAGAACCACAUUUUUCUUGUUUUCCUACGCCUACAUAUCGAUUGUCUAAUCAAUGUCAGCUGUCGUGUCAAGUUCAAUGUGAAUUAUUAAAUGAUUUUAUGAAUAAUACAAUUGAAAAUUCUAAAUCUUUCAAGUCAUCGUACUCAUUCAAUGACAUGCGUGAAGUACCCAUAGCACAUUAUGUAUGUCAAUGGUGGAUCGCACAAUUUCAAGGUAUUCAAGUUGAUAAUCUGGUACAUAAGCCUAUUUCAUUUAAGAAAAAACAUCGUGAUCAAAUCAGAUAUCAAAGUUCGAUGCAUCCUUUUCGACGAUCAGGAUUAUGGAUGACUAUAAAAGUUGUUUUUCAUACUAUUCUAACACAACGUUUGGGAAAUAUUGGUAGUAUUGUUUAUAAAUUACUUAUUACAAAAUUUUUAACUUAUGUUAUUUCUACAAGACAAACAUUGAUGAGCUAUCAAAUAUCUUCUGAUUUGCUAGUAUUUUGUCUUCGAAAAAUUGUACGACGCUUGAAUAAGAUUGAAACUUCGCUUUCGUCUAUCUAUUCGACUGAUAUAAAUCCAUGGAUACAACGUGUAACAGAACAAAUCAAGCAAAAACUCGAUUGCAUUACUCCGGAUUCGAAUUGGCAAAAGUUCAUUGAACAGAAUGAAAAACUGCAAUCAUCAACAAUUCAGUUGAAUGCAUCUGAAAUCAAAACCUAUCAACAUUCAUGGCAGAAUUUAAAAGAUUAUCUUAAAAAACAUAACUCAAAGACAUCACCUAAGCGAUACUCUCGUAAGAAUGAUAAUGAUAGUUUCAUGUCCAAGAGGGUUGCUCACGACAACAAUGCAUUACCUUCCGUUUCAAAGUUAACCAAUGACAGAGAUGAUCCCAAUGGAAUAGCAUUGACGAGUAUCGAGAUUUGGAUACGUUCUAGUUUAGAGGAAUGGAUCAAUCGUCCAGUGCUGUCGGGAAAAGGAUACGCGUGUUUUAAAGAUUUACAAUCUUUCUACGAAGACUAUCAACGUACAGCUUUGACAUAUUAUUAUUCAGAAAAUAAAUCAACAGAUCCGAUUGGCUAUAGUCGAUUCAUUUUAACAUCGCUGACAAUAAUUUGUUUGAUGCAUAGAAAAUUAUGUGAAGAUGCACGAUUCGAACGAUUGAAGUUACAUGCCAUUCAAAUUCCACAUCUUUUAGAGCUAUUCGAAUUUUUAGUGUUACCCAAUCGAGAUGAUAUGAUUCGAGCUCGAGAUUUGUAUGAUUAUUUUCGAGAAUUCAAUUCAAAACCAUAUCCCGAUUUGUUGAGCAACAUCGAGUCGACAAAUGCUUUUGGUGUUCAUUUUGCUGAUCAAUCAUUGGAGAUGAAUGAAACUCUGCAAAAAAUUCAAGAUCAAGUUGAACAAGAUAAAAAAGACAAAGUUGAGGAAGUGAACAAGGAGAAAGAACGAUAUCAACAACUCAUGGGAAAAGCUGAUGAGCUGAAAUGUGAAUGUGAACUGGUUCGUUUUGCCCCAAAAUGUGAUAAAUGUACUAUUAUGAAACAGGCGAAUAAUAUAAAAGUGCAUAUUUAUGAAUCUCCGAUACCAUCACAACGAGAAAGUGCUCUGGCUGUCAUCUUUGAAUUACAGAUGCCUAGUGAAAUCAGAUGUUAUCGAGAUAUUCUUUGGCAAUUUGUGAAUCGUCCCAAUUCAAAUCCAACGAAUCAAAUGCAUGAAUGGUUAAGCUUUAGCCCUCAUAGAGCUAAGUUGAGUACGUACUUCAAUGGUUCAAGCAACUGUAGAGUGAAACUGGUAUCCUCGUCUCAGUCGAUAUCGCAUAGCCAUUUUUCCGCUCCACGACACGUCGUAUCAACACCAUUAGAUGAUUUUUUUUACGAAAAUGGUCUUCGAGUUCAAAUUUCUCCAACCAAAGUAACAGAAUUCCAAAAUGAAUGUCGAACGUUAACACCCGAAUUGACUGAUCCAAAUUACAAACAAUUACAAUUUUCUAUCGCUACCACAAAAUGUGUACAAAAUAAAGUAAUUUCUGAACUAUCAAAGUGUUCACUACAACUUAAACCGGCCCAAUUCAUUGAGUUCGGUUCAUUUCGUUCUGGUCAUCGUUUACAAUGGUGGAAUCUUUUAAGUAUUCUUGAAUUAGAUUCCUUGCCAAUGGAUGAAGAAAGUGUUGCAAUACUAAUUACACAUGCACUACUACAAUAUGGUCCGAUGACGAUGGAUCGAGAUGCACUUAUUUGUUUCUGGUGUCCAGAAUCACAUCAACAAUUAUUAGAAGAUCAUUUCGUUGACGAAUUGAUUGUAAGAUUGGAGAGACGUUUGAAAGAUUGUGAAUGUAAUUGGCAAAAUGAAUUGAUGUUAGUAAUUAUAACAGUAAUUGUCAUGAGAGUAUUUACUAUUUGUAAUUCUACAAGAAAAAAUGAAAUGACUAAUCUCGUUAUAAAAUGUCGUAACGUAGGUGAGAAAUGGAUUCAAUUGAUUAUGGAAAGCAUUCAAAAUCCUUCUUCACCUGAUUUUGAUAAAAUGGAUGUAUUGCGUUCUAAAAUUGUGAUUAUCGGUGUUGUAUGUGUACUAACAUUUUCUAUGUAUACAGAUGAUAGUAAUUCUAUCGCGUUAUCCAAUCAGAAUGUUAUUUCCUUACUGACAAUAGUUACAACUAUUCAUGACAAUAUGAUUCUAAGCAAGAAAAAAACAAAUAUGAGUAUAUUUAUGAGAAAUUUAAUGCGUUCUAGUGAACGCAUAUUAGUAUCAAUAAAUCCAAAAAUGAGCGAACUACUUGAAAAAAGUUCCUACGCAAUUUUGAAUGAAUUUUGUGCUCUCUACUGGGCAGUUAUUCGAAACAAAGGUACAAUGAAUGGAAACUGGAAGAAAAGAAACACAGAUAUACAUGAUGGUUGGUAUGAUGGUAAAUACGAAUCGAAUCAGGUAUCGCUUGAUUGUUUGAAAGGGGUAUUUUCAGUGAACGGUAUGACUGUUGGUUUUUUACCAGAUAGAAUCACUUCAGAUCAGUUAUUUGUUCGUGUAUUUGGUCAACAUAUUUUCGAAGUGCAAACAGCUGAAUCAGAAAAUAGUUACAUCACAAAACAUGGAUACCAUGUCGAUGGUAAUGUUCAUUAUGAAUUUCGUCAUGAUUAUAAUAGUGGAGGCAUGACACUCUACGAAAAGUACAUAAAAACAAACGAUAAGUUUCAAUUGAUUCCUCCUAGUUGUUUUGAAAACGAACUACCUGCUAUUUUUACUCCGAACUACAGCCAUUGGUGGAAUGAAAACACAAAACUAGUAGAAUUUCGAUCUAUUUGUUUUCAGGAUUCAAAUUUUUUAAGCAACGUACACUACAAAUUAUCCCUCGAAGAAGGAUUUCUUUGGACAUGCAACACAGAAAGCAAACAAUAUUUGAUUAAUCGAUCAUCAUCAUUCUUUCAACAUUUAUUUAAACGAUAUUUCAUUCGUCUCGAUGAUGAGCCUCAUGUAUACAUGUUAAGAGAAAAUGAUAUUAUUCACAUUCAUCUAUCUCGAUUAGGCAUUGGGUUCAAAUACAACAUUCAAACCAAUAUUAUUGCCUCUCGGGAAUAUUCAGAUAUGUAUAUCGAUGAGAAUCAAUGGUUUGGAGCAUUGACUGGUUUGAAAUCAGGUCUUCUUCUUUCACCAACUACAAUAGACAACGACAAAAAUAGGCAUUAUCUGUGUCGAAAAUUAAUCGUUCCUUUUGGACAAGUGCAAGCAAAAGGAAAAUCUGGCAACAAUCAUCAAAUCGUAACUAUAGAACGAAAAUCAUUGUCGGUAUCGUUUCUUCAUCAAUAUUUCAUUUUUAUUCUGAACGAUCGAUUGCGUAUUCUUCAACCAACUGAAAGCCCAACCGGAUGGCUGUAUUUAGCAUUACUACAUGCAACAACAUCUCAUCCGCUUCCUGAUCAAUAUACGGGAAUGACUGGAAUGGAACGUGCUUUUCAAUUGCUGAAAUCAGCGGGCAGUUGGUCUGAUCAACCUUUCGAUGCGGUCUCGCGAAAUAUUCUUCUGCAAAUUGCAACCAUUUCUCCAAAAGUAAAUUAUUAUCCAGAACAUCUCAGAUGUAUGGAAAAAAUCGAAUGGAAUUCCGAUAGUUUACCUCAUUCAUUGCAGCACUUUGGCUACUAUUUAAUAGCAAAAAAAUUGGUCGAAGCAAGUGAAGAAUGGAAUUUCAUGCAUCCAGCAUCCACGUCCAAUGACGAACUACAGAAAAUUUUUGAAAAUAAAAAGUACAAUGAAAAUUUAUUAGCAAAACUCUAUUGGGAUUAUCGAGAUUCCUACAACCCUACAGCUCGAUUAUCUGCACAGAUGGAAUCAGAAAUCCGCCGGAAAAGCGAAACAAAAUCAUAUCAACCAGAUUGGCAUAGUGGUCCACUUGCAACGAACUAUAGUUCUCUUAGCCUUACAGGCUCUCUAUAUGCUAGCGGAGAUCUGAAUUUAAAAGAUAGCACACAACUCCAGUGUUUCCCUUUGUCCCGGUGGCUUUCAAGUGAAUAUGAAUUGAAAAAUAUCUGGAUUGGCUUAUUAAAAUUCGUCGAACAACUGAAGACAACAGAAGCUGGUAAUCAAAAAGAUGGUAUUGAACGAUUUGAAGUGUUACUCAGUUUUCUACAUUACAUAUCCAGUAAAUGUGCUAGUCAACCGUAUUAUUUGCAAAUACUGAAAUCUACAUUGAAGGCACCAUGUUUACCAUUGAGUUCUGCUUCAUAUCCUUCGUUUACUCGAUACGAGAAUAUUCAGGAAGCUUCAUAUCAAUCUCAUCGUAUCAAACUUCCAAGAAAUCUCGGUCGUUAUAGAUACCCUGUAGCUAACCGAGAAAUUCAAGAUUGUUUUAAUCAAAAUGUUAAUUAUGAAAAUAAGAGUUUUCCUGAUAGGAAUAUCUACACACACGUAAUCAAUCAGUUAUUCAAAACCUGGCGACAGAAUGGCCAACUACGUGUUUUAUUAAACAAUAUUCAAAGUCAUAUUUCUUCUAUCGCAAUGGUUCCAUUAGAUCACCAAGGAUCAGUUGGUCUCCAACAGUUCACAUUCGAAUCAUUUCAAAAUCACUAUCAAAUAUGUCAUAACUCAACAGAUAAAGGCGUCGAUCAAAAAUUGCUAGAAAGUGCAGAACAAAAGUUUCUACAACCUCAUGGCAAUUAUUUUAUCCAACCAACAUCAUGUAUUAAGAUAAUUAAUCAGCAAAAAGCAUUUCCAGAAAGAAUAUUUCCUUCUACUGAUUCGCAACUAAAUGCUCUUAGUGAUAUUGCCAAUCAUUUCAAAGAACAUUUAACUGAAAGUUGGAAGAACUUUAAUUUGAUCGAAGAAUAUCGAAAGGAGUAUCCUUCGGUGGAUUAUAUUAAUCAAUUUCUCGAUUCUUUUCGUCAAGAAUCCAAAACAUUCUGGGAUGAAUUAACAAAAUCGAUCACAAUAAGGAACGAGUUGUUAUUCAAAAUAGGCUUAGCACUAAGAAUCUUACCGACAACUCUAAUAUCUGUCUUUCUACAACUAUGGUUAAACGAUACUGACUCGAAUUUUUCGACAUCAAGCAAAAUCAUGAGCGACGAAAGUCUAUCAGCAUUGCUCUUGACAACUGAACAACGUACAUUGCUCGGUGGAAUCAUGGUUAAUUGGGUUGUAGAACAGCAACUUGAAAGAGCUUUACAUUUUGCCAAUCAGAAACAGCAAGAAGAUUUUGAAAAAGAAAUGUCAAACGUACCUCACGCCAAUUGGACGCCAUCAAUGCAUCUCCCGUGGUUAAUACUGGAACUCGAAAUGAAUAUUACAAUUCGAGAAAUACAAAUUGAAGUAGCACGUCAUAUGAUACAACCAAUGAUGAACGAAAACAAUCCUUCGAUAUCCAACAUUGUCAUGCAACUGAAUAUGGGCGAAGGAAAAACUUCGGUUAUUUUACCAAUGCUAGCGGUUAGUGUAUGUUCUUCACCGUCGAGCUUAGUUCGUAUUAUUGUACUAAAAUCAUUAUUUCCAAUGAAUUACCAAUCACUACGAUACAAAUUAGGAGGUUUGCUUAAUCGACGUGUGCUUCCCUUUGCUUGUCGUCGUGAUAUGAACUUCACUGAUGUACAAGUAAAUAAAAUUUUCAAUCGUCUUCAACAUGGAUUAAGCAAUUAUGAUGCUGUACUAACGUCACCGGAGGAUAUUCUAUCGUUUGAUUUGCUGACAAUCGAUAAAUGCCGACAACAUCAAUUCGAUGUUGGUCGAGCAAUGUUGUCUAUUCAGCGAUGGAUGAAAAUGUUUGGCCGUGACAUUUUAGAUGAAUCCGACGAAAUUUUACAUGUGAAAUAUCAAUUGAUUUACUCAAUUGGCCGUCAACAACAAGUCGACGGAGGUUUGGAACGUUGGAAUACUAUUCAAUUCGUACUGAAUUUAGUCAAACAACACACGACAAACAUUGCACAACAACAUCACAAUGACAUUUUUUACAAAGCAUCCGAACGUCGAAGUCGUUUUCCAGAAUUUCGUUUGCUUAAUCAUCGGCCAUUUCCAGAAUUAUGUCAACGAAUAGCAAAUGCUUGGCUUGAUCAAAAAAAUUAUCGUCAACUAGAUCAACAACUUAUUUUAUCAUUUAUUUUGGAUGCAAACUCAUCGAUUGAUAAUGUAAUCGAUCGAUUUCCCUACAGCAUCAUUCAAUUAUUUCUCAUUAUGCGUGGUCUUCUAUCGUCCGAAGUUCUAUUCGUUGCGCUGAAAAAACGCUAUCGCGUCAAUUUUGGUGUGAAUCAAAAUUCAAAAUUCAAUCGCUUGAUGGCCGUGCCAUUUCGUGCUAAAGACGUUGCAGCUGAUAAUACAGAAUUCGGACAUCCAGAUGUGGCCAUUGUCUUAACGCAACUUUCUUAUUACUACAGUGGUUUGAGUGAUUCACAAAUGCUUCAAUGUUUUGAUCGUUUGAAUCAAGACGAAAGUGAUCCGGAAAUGAUCUAUGACGAAUGGAUUUCACUAGAAGAAGAAAACGAAACAAUCUCAAGUAUAAAACAAUGGAAAACAGUCAAUUUAAAGGAUUAUCAACAACGAACUCAACGACUUUUUCCAACUCUACGAUAUAAUAUGUCUGUGAUUAAUUAUUUUCUUAAUCAUUUUGUUUUUCCUCGAGAAGCAAAACAAUUUCCACAUAAAUUAGUUUCUUCUCCUUGGGAUUUGUCUGCAUCUUCACGUACGAAAAUAAUCACUGGAUUUAGUGGCACAAAUGAUACCCAAUUGUUAUUACCUGUUCAUAUUCGUCAAUGUGAUUUACCACAACUGCAGAAAACGGAUGCUCUUGUUCUUCAUAAUUUACUUCAGCCGAAGAAUGAUCAUUAUCAAUAUUUGCCUAUUAGUACAAGUUCGGAUGAAAUUCUGAAUCUUAUUGUCAAAGACAAGUCGGUUAUACAAGUCAUUCUGGAUGUAGGUGCACUAUUUGUCGAUGGAACGAAUCGUCAAAUUGCUGUCAAAUGGUUGGAUAAAACCGAUAAAAACAAAAUCGACUAUGCUGUUUAUUUUGAGUCAGAUUCGAUUUUUGUUUGUGGUCGACAAUAUCAGCAUCAUGCUUUUUUGGCAUCGCCUGCUAGCGAAAGGCUUGAUCGUUGUGUGUUUUAUUUGGAUGAAAUUCAUACGAGAGGAACCGACUUUAAAUUUCCAAAUGAUUUUCGAGCUGCUGUCACCUUAGGAAAUGGUCUCAGCAAGGAUCGUUUGGUUCAAGCAUGUAUGAGAAUGCGAAAAUUAGGCAAACAUCAUUGGUUAAGUUUCUGGAGUUCAAAUGAAGUUCAUCAACAAAUUCAAACGAUGAAAAACACUUCAUCUCUAUUGAAUGAAACAGAAAAUAUCGAUGACCGAAUUACGCUGACUGAUAUUCUCCGUUGGGUCUAUGAAAAUACUCAACAAUCGACUUGGGACGGAUUACAUCAUUGGGCAACCCAAAGUUUAAGUUUUCAACGAAAAGUGACUGCUUUUCAAAAUAUUCAUUGGAAAGAUCUCCUAGAAUCGUUUACAGAUAACAUGAUGAAAAACUUAGCCAAACAAUGUUUGGAAGAUGAAGUCACUAAAUUGGAAAUCAUGUAUGGUGUAUCGAAAACAUUCCAAACAAUAUUCGAAAUCUAUUCGGCUCGAUGCAAAUAUUCCGCUAUUUUUUCAUCAGUUGAAAUUCAUGAAGCUGUUUCUAAACGAUUAUGUGCUUACGGCGGUUCAAAAACACUUCUGGCACAAUUGUUAGAUGAAGAGCAGCAACGAGAACUCGAACGUGAACAAGAAUUGGAAGAAGAACGACAUCAGAAACGUCCUUCACCUGUUGAGCCAUUUGAACCGGUGCUACAUGAUGCAAUCAAGAGCUUAUGUGAAGAGCAAGGCCCUAUGCUGAAUUUAUCAAAAUUAACUUCAGUAUUUUGUCCAAUCGCUGAUGCUUUUCUAGGUACGACACUCUAUAGUGAAUGUCAACCAGAUGGUUGGCAAAAAAAUAUUUGGGCCACUAAUGAAUUCAAACGAGUGAUUCGAACACAAGGAGAAUCACUAGAUCCUUUUCUACGUCCACCACGAUGGGUACUAGUCUAUCGUAACCAGCAUAUCAUUUUCGUGAGUCCUACUGAAGCCAAUUGGUUGAUGGGUCAAUUGUACUUUCUUUAUCGUAAACAAUCAUUCAUUGAACAGUUGACAACGACAUUACGUGUACUACUACCACGUAUGAAACGAGAUCAAUCUAUUCUGGCCAAUACAACAACUUUAACAGUUCCGCCAACGAUGUUCUCCAAUCGUGGCAAUUUUUCUUUUCCUAUUCCAGUUGAAUGGUUGGUAGAAUUAUUUGUUUUUAAUGGUACAAUCUACUUGGAAAGUAGCCAAGAACAAACAGCUUAUUGUCAACGUUUAGGAGUAUGCCCCAAACCUCGAAGUGAGAUUGAAGAAGAUGCUUUCGAGAAAGGUUGGAUUACUGUUGAUGGAUUCGUGAAUAAAUCAAAUCAUCGCUGCCUUUUACAACUUCAGCAAUGUCUCUUCCAUUCUAAUCCUUUGGCAUUCAUUAGAAAACUAGUCGAAAAUCGAAACAAUACACAUGCACCCAUUGCAUCUCAUGUCGGCAGCAUUAUUAUGAAUGCUUUGAAGUUGCCAUUCUGA